UUGAAAGAAGAUGAAUUUGUUCAUUAAAUGUGGAGGAAUUAUCUCAUUAAAGGUCACUCUAUUUUCAGUGACAUUCAUUUUGUCCCAACCUCAUCUUUCUUCUCAAACAGAAGGAAAAAUGGAAGCUGAAAAUUAUACCAUCACCAGAGAAUUCAUCCUACUUGGGCUCACCAGCCAUCCCAAAAAACGGCUGCUACUUUUUGUGACUGUUCUCCUUAUCUACUUGCUUACCAUCUUUGGAAACACUCUGAUCAUCAUACUGGUAUGGGCUGAUUCUCAACUGCAUACCCCCAUGUACUUUUUUCUUGGCCAUCUUGCUGGCAUGGAAAUUGGGUAUGUUACUAGCACAUUGCCUCAGAUGUUGAUUCACCUUUUGACUGGAAAUAGGGUCAUCUCCUUAGUAUGUUGUACACUGCAGGGUUACAUGACUCUGGCCAUGGGUAGUACUGAGUGUUUGCUACUAGGAGCCAUGGCUUAUGACCGCUACUUGGCCAUAUGCCAUCCAUUGGUGUAUGCAUUAACCAUGGACAGGUAUCACCAAUUCUUGCUUGCCACAUCCUGUUGGACCAUUGGUUUUGUGUUCUCUGCAAUUUAUGUCCUCUGCACCUUUCGUCAUCCCUUUUGUGGGAUCGUCAUCAACCACUUCAUCUGUGAACCACCUGCUGUGCUAAAACUUGCAUGUGGUGACACAAGAAUCACCAAGGUCAUUGGUUUUGGUCUCUCGAGUUUCAUUGUUCUCGUUCCCCUUUUUGUUAUCCUGACUUCCUAUGGGUACAUUCUGGAUUCUGUAUUGCACAUGCGGUCAACAGGAGGAUGGCAUAAAGCUUUCUCCACCUGUGGUUCCCACCUUGCUGUAGUAACCUUGUUCUAUGGCACUAUUAUCUCUAUGUAUAUUGUUCCCCAGUCAAGUUCAGCCUCUGAUCGUAACAAGAAAAUUGCUGUUUUUUACCUUGUGAUCACUCCCCUUCUUAACCCCAUAAUUUACACCCUAAGGAACAAAGACAUACAUUUAGCAGCACUCAAAAUGUUGAAAAGACUUUGA